AUUUCCCUCUAUUGUUUUGUUAACUACAAUAAUAGCAUUCGAGUUGGUCGUUAAGCUUUUUUUUUGUUAUUGUUGUCACUAUUAUUUUACAUUGUGUUAAUUUACUACAGCGAAAGGAUUUUUAUUCGUCACUCUAAAGACGAUUUGUUCAGUGCAAGCUCUCGCUUGUGUGUUUAAAUUUUAAUGUAACAAAGGCGUGUUUGAAUAAUAAAAUUAACUUUUAGAUUAUUAAUUAUUAUUGUUGUGUACAUGUUAAACUACUAGGCUAUCCUAGUUCAAUAUACAACAAAUGUAGGAAUUGUGUAAAUUGAACUCUUCAUAAUUACAUUGUGGAUUUGAAGUGAAGCGAGAUGGUGGGGGGAGUGAAGCUCGUGGCCCCGGACGGGGGCUGGGGCUGGAUGGUAGUGCUGGGGAUGUCCAUCAAUAACUUAAUAACCAUCCCGAUCCUGCAGAACUUUGGCCUGCUGUUCAGAGAUGUUUUCAGGUUGAAAGCUCUUGAUAUGUCCGUACGAGAAGCCAGCAUUAUUAUUAAUACCAAUUCUGCCUUCGGUUAUGUUCUUGGUGUUUUGAACGGGCCUAUUCUACGCACACUGGGCUUCAGGAAGGUGGCAAUCUCUGGGGGUCUGAUGAUGUUUGUGGGCCUCUUUGUCACCAGUUUUGCCAACAACUUUGCUCUCUUCUUUGUUUUCUAUGGACUAAUCAAUUCCUUGGGCAUCGGCUGGUCCAUGGCAUCAUUUCACCUGGCACUGUCCACAUACUUCGUGAAGAGACGAGGGAUGGCCAUGGGUAUCGCGAUGACUAUCACUGGCCUGGGACCUGUCUUCAUGCCCCUGGUCAUCAGCUACUUGAUGGGCCUGUUUGGUGCGAGAGGUACCACUCUGCUACUGUCCGGACUGGUGCUGCACUGUGUCCUGUGUGGCCAACUGCUGCAACCUAUCAAGUGGCAUCGGAAACGCAUCGUAAUCAAUGAAGCUAAUGGUUCAGAAAAACAGCCAGAUGAAGAAAAAGCAAUGUUGAACGCAAACUCGGAUGUUGAUGCAAGAAGAAGCAAACGUAUCUCUGUGGAGGUGGAAGCUGAGUUAAAUGGAGAGAAGAAAGAUAUAGAAAUGAAAAAUCUGGCAGCUCCUGAAGAACAAGAAGAAAAUUUGCUUAAAGGAAGUGCAAGUGGAAAAGCAGAAAAAGCGGAGGUGAAUGAGAGGUGGUACACAAAAGUGGUCCGCACGUUCGACUUGGAUCUCCUGCGGGAUCCUGCGUUCCUAUCGAUGUGUGUGGGUAUGGCAAUAGCCCUUGCCUCAGACAUGAACUUUUCGCUCAUGCUUCCACUCAUCUUAGGGGACUACCAGUUCAAUACCACCACCACAGCCAUACUCCAGUCCGUCGUCGGUGCUGCGGAUAUCCUCUCUCGGCUCUUCACACCUUUCAUCAUCAACAAGACCAAGCUCUCUGCUAGGUUUGCGUAUUUACUUGCCCUCUUCGGACUCAUCAUCAGCCGAUUUUGGUUGACGCUGACAUAUGACUUCACAUGGGUCAUGGUGGUAGUAGCAUUCUUCGGAGCGUGUAAGGGGGUGAGAUCAGUGUUCAUGCCUCUAGUCAUCCCCAACUACGUGCCUCUGGACAAGCUGCCCUCAGCCCAGGGGCUACAGAACAUCAUGCAUGGACUGUUCCUCAUGAUGUUGGGACCACUUAUUGGUUACCUGAGAGACAGGACGGGCAACUAUAUUUUGUGCAUCCACGUGAUGAACAGUCUGACCGCAUUGACCAUCUUUUUGUGGGCUCUGGAGUUUGUCUACAUGAGGAAACAGAAGAAAAACACCUUUGAGGACCAAGCAGAUGUGGAGAGAUAGCUGGUGAUCGUGCGGCACUUGAGGUGUUUAAUGCUCCAAAGUGCUAGGUGGUGUCUUGCGUGUGGUGGCAGUAUGCUCGAGCUGAGUGUUUCUAUUGGCUGGAGGCAGUGGUUCAUCUGUUCAGCCUGAAAUUGUAUGUUGUGUACUUUUUGUUUAUUACCUUAAAAUAGUCAUUGUUAAUAUUGUGUUCAGAAGGGUGAAGAGUAUAUGAGUGAUAAGUUUAUACUUGUUGGACAUAAUUACGAAAUUCUGCUUUUAUAUAAUAUACAAAACUAGGUAUUUAAAAUAUCUCAAUACUGUUUUAAUUGAUCAUAUUAACUUAAUUUAUAUGAUAAACUUACUUGAAAUGUUUCGGUAAAAGCAGUGUGUUUGGGAUGUUUUCUAAGAACUUUAGCCGAUCAAAUGUAAUAGAAGUUUAAAGUUCUCUAAUAAUUAUUAUCAAUGUAAUAGUAUUUUAUCCCCAUUAGUUAAAACAUACCUUACAUCACUACUAAAUUCAAUUAAAUAAAUAAUUAUCUUUUUUAUUGUUAAAUUAAAUUAAUCUAAGACAAUUCCCUGCAGGCAGAUGCAACAAAUCAAAUAGGAAUUAAUUUAGUUUAGUUAGUUUUUAAUUUAAAUGACUAUUUUCUCCAUUCUCUAACAUGUAAAUAGAAUUAUUAUUAGUUUUUAUUAAUAAGUGAUAAAGGGAGCUAUCACAUUCUCAUAUUAAUAAAGAAUUUAUUAUUAUAAUAAUUAUUAUUAUACAUAAAUUAUAUAAUUUAAUUAUUUCAUAAUGUUUAUACAUAAUAGUAAACUGUAUUUUAAUAAUUUUGCUAAACAUAUUG